AUGUCUUCUUCUUCAGAAUCCCCACAAAUCCACGAACAAAAUCCCCACUCCACCACCGUCCCUCAAACCAAAACCCCCGGAACCGAGAACAAUCCAGAAACCCAAGACGAAAUUCAUGAAAAGGACACCAUUUUGGAGAAAAAAGAAAAAGAAGAAGAGGAUGACGAAGAAGGAGAAUGUGGGUUCGGUUUGUAUAUGAAAGCGGAUGGCUGCAAAGACACUUUUACCGAAUGGGAGAAAUGCGUUGAAAAAGGUGAAACGAACAAAGAAAACAUUGCGGAAAAGUGUUUUGAAGUCACUUCUGCUUUGCAGAAAUGUAUGGAGGCACAUUCGGAAUAUUACGCCCCAAUUUUGCAGGUAGAGAAAGAUAUAGAGGCAAAGGUUAUUAAGGAACGCGAGAAGGAGCUAACUGAGAACAAGGAAUCAGUGUCAAUGGAGAUUGGAUCUGGAGAGGGUUCAAGUAGUUUUGACCAAAACGAGGGCUAG